UUUUUUUAAAAAGAAAGUGAAAGUAGAGAUAACUUUACGUGUGGCUACUUUUUCCACAUAAGGUCUGAAACAACGUUGUUUUUCAGUUACAGAAGAGUGUUUUUGUAUUACAACAUGCACUUACAUACAUACAUGUGCGUGGCAGCACUAUUUAUGAUCUGUGAAGGGUUCUUAGUGAAAGGUCCUUCUGGUUCUCUGGUUGUUCCUCUGGGAUCUUCGGUGGUUUUGCCCUGUUAUGUUGAUGAACCCUUACCUUUGAAAGGACUGAAAGUGAUUUGGAUAAGAACCGAUGCCAAUACUUUAGUGCAUGUUUUCCAAGAUUAUGAUAGUCGACCAGAAGCCCAGUAUCAGGAUUAUCAUGCUAGAGCUCAUUUCUUCUCUGAUGAAGUCAAACAUGGAAACUUCUCCCUCCGUCUGGACAAUGUGAGAGCUGAAGAUAAGGGUUUCUACAGAUGUAAGGUUUACACCGAUCAGGAAUCUGAAGAAACCCUGGUUCAGAUUAAGUCAGUUGAGCAUCUGAUGGUAUCAGGUUCUGAUCAUCCUGUAUCUGCGUCUGUGGGUGAGGACGUCACUCUGAACUGCUCUGUAGACUCUCACAUCCCACCUGAAGAGAUUGAUGAGGUUUCAUGGAGGAAAACAGAUAAAAAUGAAAACAUCCAGGUUCUGGUUUUUGAAAAGAAUAAAAUAAUUCCAUCAGAUGAGCGAUACAGACGCAGAGCUGAGUUCUUCACUGCUGAAAUCCCCAAAGGAAACUUCUCUCUCAGACUGAAGAGUGUCAGGACUGAGGAUAAAGGAGUUUACAUGUGUCAAGUGUUUGCUGGAAAUUUUUCAGCCAAUGCAACUGUAGAACUGGAGCAACUGGGUUUCUCAGUUUUACACAUAAUUGUGUUGAUUCUCUGUAUUGCUGCAUCUGGAUCUGCUCUGCUGCUGUCUGUUCCGUGGUGUAUAAAUUUAAAACACAGAUCAUCAAACACAAGUAAAGCCCUGUCUCUUCAGAUGUCUGUAGUCACCGUACCAAACCUUUUUAUGUUUUUUGCCUUUUUGUUCUGGGGUGUUAUUGAAGGGUUUCUGAGUGAGACUGUUGCCUGCUGUGCUCAUUAUUUUCUGAGGCCUCUUCUUCUCUUAUGGACAGCUCCACAUUCAGAACAUUUCCCAGGCAGUCGUGAAACAGUUGUGCACUGCAUAAUUCAUCUACAAUAUUCCCUCUUUACAAAUGUUGUUCAUUCAGUUCUUUUUAAAUCUUUUUGGGAGAAAAGUCUGAGUUAUGAAGAAUCUGACAGAGUCCUGAUAACAAUCCUCUUUGGGAUAAUGAUUCUGAUAUGCAUCGUCAAUAUCGUUUUCUUAUUGGCAGAACUCAUCAAAUAUAAAGACGUCCGUAUACAUGUUGUGUUAGACCUGGUGUCUGAUAUCGGUCAUGAUGUUCUGCCUCCAUUACAACUCAUCUUCCUCUUCUACGCUUUUGGAGCUGCCAGACGAGCACUUUUUGUUCUUGGAGUUUUUCCACUGUUCUUAACUUUGACAAGAUAUGAUUGGAACAAAGCAUGUGUGGAAAAACUGCAGUGUUUGCACUCAGGAGCCAGGAGGGCAGCGUGGUUAGGUUUCAUGAUAACAGUAAAUGGCAUAAUGGUCUAUUCUUACCUCAUAGCGCUGGAAAAAGAGAAAGAUUGUGUGGGAUGGGUCUGUGUAGCUGCUUUUCUUCAAGGUCUUUGGGGAAUCGUUGUCCUGAAGCACUCGUUUGAAGACCUGGAUCUUCCUUUUAGACGCGUUGUCUACCUUAUCGGAUCCGUCGGUGUUGUUCUAGUGAACUCUGUUGCACUGAUAACAGAACUGAUCAUGAAAGUAGCUGAUGGUGAGCGUGCGAUGGAGGAUAUGAGAAAAGUUGUCUUUUCCUCCGAAUGCCUCUUUGUCUCUUCUGUGCUGCUGUUAAUCAUUUUCGAACCUUACAUUAAAGAGUUACUGCAGCGUUUCCAGAGAGAGAAGGCAGAAACUUCACACGAUCUAUCAAACCAUAACCAGAGCGCAGCAGAAAUGUGUGAACUGAGUCCUCUGAGAGAGACUGAAGAACAGGAGACCGAGAGAAACAGAGAGACGCAGCCUGAUUCAGAGCUUCAGCAAUCAUUAGAAUGACCCAACGAGAUCCUGCCAGAUUCACCAACAUGGUUUACUCCGAGAAAAUGUGAGUCCCUUCAGAGGUCAAGCUGAGAGAAUAGUCUUUUGUGGGUUUGUUUUAAAAUUAAUGAAUAUGUGAAGUGGUGCCAAAGUGUUUGGACACUUAAGUCACACUUAAAAACUGUUUUAAGUGCGACUGAACAGACACUGAAGUUUUGGAAACUUGCAGCGAUGGUUUUAAUAUCAAGGUCCAUAGACUGAAGGUCUGAAGACUUGUGCUUCAGUAACUUGCAGUUCUGAGAUUCCUCAUCGGAUGCCUUAUAAUGAGGAAUAUAUGUAAGUCAGGGCAACUUAUGUUUUACAUUACUUGAACUCAUCAAAGAAAGAUGAGGGGUUUCGACAUUCUCCUAAGUUAUGUAACAUUCCACUUUUUUCAAGUUGGUUUAAUUUCAUUUAUAAUUUAUAUAUGCAUAUAUGAAACUGUAUAUGAGAUUAUACACUAUAAAAUGUACACACUACAUCUCAUUCAGUGCUAAAACACAGUGCUCUUUUUUUGUGUAAAGUGAAACCUGUGUGUAUACUUGUAAAUAUUUUUUAGCUUUUAUAUUUUUUUAUUUGUGUGUGUGUGUGUAAUCUAGAUGGAAAGCAUUAUGAAGUGUGAAUCGGGUUUCCUCAUGUACUCUUAGUGAUUCAGGUUUGUAUUUCUGUGUGUGUUACUCAUGGACCAUGUUUCUGAAGGCUGAGUUAGCUCUGAUAAAUGUAAUCAUUUGGGUGCUUGUGUGUUAUUGCUUCAGGUUUUCAGUGGCAGAAAACCAAGAAUGACACUUGGUAAAAGUUUACCUUAAAAAUGUUUUUUUUUCUUGUUUUUUACACUGGAGCAGAUGUUGUUACUGACUGUUUUGAUCAAAUCAAAGGGAGCUCCUCUGUUUAUGAGAUUAUCUGUAGAUUUUUAUACAAUAAAUUGUAUUAAGUUUGUUACAUAAUGGUGCACAACCUUCUUGACUCAGUGUUUUGUCACCCAAAUAAAUGUAAUGUUUACUUCUACAUUGCAGUUUGUCCUCGCAGCAUCAUUUUGUAUUUCUUUGGUUUGUUGGUGUGUUUUUUUUUUCACUUCUACACUGAUGACGGAACGCACACUGAAGAUAAGUUUCAUUUUGUGAUUAAGAGAGAUAUUUGCAUAUAUGAAUUUGGAUAACGUCUUAUUCAUAAUGGUUUAUAAUAAGUAUUGUCUGUGCUAUAAUAUUUUAAUUCCUCAGGGAAUGGAGGAUCUGAGAAAGGUUCUCUUGUUUCAUCUGAAUCCCUCAUCGCUCGCUCUCUGCUGAUUUUACUCGCUGAGUACAGUUCGUCUUAGUAAGAUGCAAUGGUUUUUUUAAUUCAAAAUAUUAGUUUUGAUAUGGUUUUAGUUUUAGUUAAGGGUAUAAUGUCAGAGGCUGAACAUGGGAUAAACCGUGAUGUGAAUAAAUUACCAAUAUUCGAGCUGUGCCUCUUGUGCAACCUUUCUCUGAAAAAAAAAACACUGAACUUUAUGACUGUCUAAAAGGUUUAUUUUUUGUUAAAUAUUACUGAUAUUUAUUUAAAUAUUCCAUUCAUUUUAAAUGUUUUUUUUUUUUUUACAAAUUAUUAUUUAUUGCUACUCAAACUUAUAUUAUUUAAUUAUUAAACUAUAUUUUGUUAUUAUUGUUGAGAGUACUAUGAUUGUGUAAUUUUUAAACGUCUGUGGAAUAUUUUUAAAUAUUUUUGUAAAGUAGUAAUCUGAAAUAUAACUAGUUGACUGCCAGCAGAUGGAGACUGUCGCUCUCUUUCUCUUCUUGACUUUUACUUGAAAAGCAGUUUUUCCCAAGCAUCAACUUGCAUGUAUAUUUAGUUUAAAAGAAUGUUUUAAUGCACAUCCUGAGCAUUUUUUAAAAU